AUGACAACAGGGUUCACCAACUCGCCUGGAAUGGCACCAGCAACGGCGACCGCAGACCCAAGCAUGCAAAGCUUCAUGGACUCGCUUUCUCGCGACCUGGACGAAGCCGGAGAGUCCGCUCUCAAACAGCUUGAAGGCGCGGGCGACGGCGGCCAUCUCGUGCGUCCAACGCGCGCGCGUGCGCAGAAGAACGUCCAUAGCAGCCAAAGCGCAAUAGACCUGCCCAGCUUCGAAUUGUCCACCUCCUCCGAAAACACAGCCAGUAUCAGCGUGCUGCAGAUGCCGCCCGGUUUCUUGUCGCAGACCGAAAACGACUUACGCAGGGAGUUGGACGAGAUCUCGGGGCCGUCGUUUUUGGGCGAGGUGGAGGAUUUUGACAAGGAUGCUCCGAGGAUAGCUGAUCAGCACACGGCCGAGCGACGGGCGUCGCCACAGAUACAUGGCGAUUCGAAGCAUGAACUCUCCUUGGCGGAUGAUUCGAUGCUCCCUCAUGUUAGCGCCGAUAAUCGAGAAUCCGCGAACCACGGGGAUGAGCCGGCGGAUCAGAGCAUAGAUCGCGGGCAGGCGAUGGGGAACCUUGACCCGAGCGGCAUAGGUACUGGAGGCGACUUUAGCCUCUCCUUCGACGCCAAUCCAGACGUUCCGCAAGUGCCGUCAUUAUCGACCAUUCGCGAUACCACGGGCGUGCGCAGAGCCGGCGGAUUGGAAACCACGGUCACGGCUGAAGCGUACGAUUACGAGGAAACGGGACCCAGCACAAGCGAUGUGGGCAGACUCGCGAAUACAGGAGCCGAUGGCGCGUACGAACCCACAGAGGUGUUUGCAGACACCGGGUCUUCCGUGCCGGCGGCGGAUGCCCCUGUAGCGGACGCCACAAUACCGGUUGAACCCUUGGACGAUUCGCUAUUCGAUAGGCUGGAAAAGUUUAUAGCGCGAGAGGAGGAGCAGUUGAAGCGUUUGGAUAUAGAGCUCCAAGCUGAAAGCGAAGGCGCGUCGUUUCAGUUAUUCACCGGAGUGCAACCCGACAAUGGUCUCGUCCACACUGGUGGGGCUCAGGAGGAAGCCACCUUCACCCAAUUGAUACCCAACUCCCAGCCCCGCCAGUGGUUUUCAGAAUCCAAGAUCGCCGACGAAGGCUUCCUGUACAAUACCCCAACCACCUACACCAACAACACGGCGGAUUCUAACAACGGUGGAAGUAGCAACAACAACAAGAGUGAUCGUAGCCCUGGCAACAAACCUAAUCUAACUAUGAGACCAAGCAGCGCCCGCUCAUCGCCCGCCAUAUCCUAUACAGGCCCGUUCAAAUCAAUCAUGGACGAAUCAGAAGCAGAGGACGAGGAAAGUCUGCCGCUCGACCCGGCGUCCCCCUACCCUGAACGGCGGUCUCCUUCGCCUACCCCGCAUUCGCCGCUACGGCCUACCACCGGCGACGAACGCCACCAACUCGCAGAUUCACCAUACGCGGACCUGCGUUCCCCUUCCCCCACCUCGCACUCGCCCUUCCACCCACCCACCACCGACGACGAACGCCAUCGACCCGAAACAGAAGACGAAACAGAUGAUUCCUCACCCACCUUGUCGUUCAAGUACGCGUCGGAUCUGGUGAUCAAAGGCCACAGGAUGCCGACGCCGACGACGGCCGAGUCUGAACUGGAUUUCGGCAGCGAAGACGAGGAUGAGGAUAGCAGUGGUGCUGAAGGGGAGUACGGGAACGUGUUGGACGCCGCGGAGAGUUUUCAGGGUGUGCGGUCGCCGUUGCCCGAGCCGCGGGAGAGCGAGCAGGUCUUUAAGGGCGAUGCGUUUGAGGAGGCUUUCUUCCGGGAACAGUCGGGAGGGGAACGCGAUUUCGACGCGGAACGCAGCGAGGAGGUGUAUAGGAGGGACGAAAAACCGAUCGAGGACGACCAAAGCUUCCGAGACGACAUCUGGCUCGGCGCAGCCCGCAGCAUGCCCGAGCGGUCCCAGUCCCAGACGCGCUCGCAAUCCCUCUCACCCCAACGCGCACCGCCUCGCUCCAGCCCGUCUACGCGGGACCAAGACAUAUAUAUACCCACCCACGACCUGGAACACGACAACCAAGCCCCUCGGCAACACCCGCCGCCCCGCCUCCCCUCACCCUUCGCAGCCAUGACCGACAACGACGAUACCCCGCCCUCCGCUCUGUCUGUGGACCUUCAACCCCCGACGCCUGCACCACGGUCGUUCACGAGGGCGCCGCCGAGGUCUCCGCCUACACAACCCCCGGAGCAGCAGCAGCAGCACCCCCUCCCACCCUACCUCAAAUUCUCGUUCAACGCGGGACCGGAGUUCAGCGAUACGUUUACGACUAUGCAGGAUGCUACGGAUACCAUGCACACCGUCGCGUCGGCCGCGGUGCAUCCUACCCUCCUCACCCACCAACCCCAACGCGCGAACCUCACCCCCGUCACCGCAAAGCCAGUAGUGGACGCCCUCCGCGUCCUGCAAUCGAAAGUCGGCAAACUGGAAUCCGAAAAAGCGGUCGCGAAGGAGCGUAUCCGGGAUCUGGAGGGGGAGCUUGGCCGUGCCCGAGGCGCGGUGUUGAUGGAGCAGGCGACCCGAUUGAGGGAGAGUCAGUUGCGGGAGAGUCAGUUGAGGGGGGAGGUGGGUGUGCGUGGGGGGAGGUGGGCACGUGAACGGGAACGGGAACGGGAGAGCGAACGGAGGGAUGCAGAGACGCAGGUUAGCGGGGAGGAAGACGUCGGUGCGGGACCGGCCGUAUCACCUCGACGGACCGCCACACGUGAUCCGCCCACAGUAUCGCCGCCCCAACCAACGCACAGCCACCAGCAUCAACAACCGACGGACGAAGACCUCGCCCUCCGGCGCGAGCGCGACCUCGCCCUGCAGAAACUGCACGACUCGCUCACUGAAGUCGCCCUCCUGCGCCGCGAGGUUGCCCUGAGGGACAGGGAGAUUGAGCGGACGAAACGGGAGGCGGAUGUGAUUGUGAGGAGUCUGAGCAGUGCCGUGGGUGUUGCUGCUGCCAGUGCUGGGGGAACUGGUCGCGUCGCGCAUCCCCCGCCAGCUGCACAUUCCGCACCAUCUACACACCAGGACCAAGCGGACAUGUCGUGGGCGUCGACGUCCGGGGGGAGGUUGUCGUAUGCGAAUGUGCCGGAGGUUGCGGGCGGGUCGAAAGAAAGGCGCGCGGAGGUGGCGAGAGAGGGGUCACCGGCACCGGCGCGGAAGAAAGGUGGCCCUACUUCGUCACCGACCAGGACCACGGGUGAGGGAGCGACGAAGAGAGCUGAAUCGCGAUCCUCUGGGAGAUCCGAUGAUGAGGGGAAGGACAAGGGCAAAGCUGCUGCGUCUCCGGGGAAGGUCUCGUCUCCAGCCCCAUCGGCCCCGCGGAAAGAAGGGAACACGAAAUCGUCCCCUGUCCAAUCCCAAGCCCCACCACCAAGAACCUCCACACCCCCGGCUGCUCCAUCAUCUCCCUUGCGUGACACCGCACAACAACCCAAAUCCAGCCGCAAAUCACCACCACGCAACGAAGUGAAAAGCCCCGCCCGCGCUGAAAAAGAUCCGGUUGCACCCAAAGAUGACAAGGAGGAUGCUGAGGAGGAUGGUGAGAACCCCGCAACAACGACCUCCUUCCUCCUCCGCGACGAGAUCCGCGCGCUGAGAGAGGAGAUUGAACGGGGACGGCGGAGGGACCGGGAGGCAAACGGUGGUGAGGGUGAACGGAGUGGGCGGGCGGACGAGACUGCGGGCCGGAAAAGCGAGCGCGAGCUGCUUAAGAGAUCUGCCGGUGGGGUUAGUGACGCAGCGAAGCCUCCACCACCACCAGCAUCAACGCUGCACCCGAACAUGAUCACGAAAGACCGCCUGCGCCGUCUGAUUGUCAAUAAACUGCUUGAGAAGGAACGUAACCGGGUCAAAACGGAUGAGGACGAGACGGGUACGAAGGUGAUGUGGAAACGCGUCGAUGCGGGCGGUGCUGUGGGUGCGGAUAGGGUGGGGCAACACCGACGGGCGCGGAAGGAUAUGCAAAGUGAGCACCGAUCUGCGGAUGAAAGGACGACGACAGCGACGCGGCCACGGUCCGCGGAUCGUCAACGUCGUAUCCACGAAGCCGGCCGCGCCGCCGCCGAAGUCCGCGCGCGGUCCGUCGGUGGUGCCGGGAAACGCGCGUCCCCAACAGCCCCACAAGGCGACGACCGCGCUGCAAAGCUGCACCGGGAAACUAGAGGCAAGCCGGCGAGGACAGCGGCCACCGAUACCACCACCACCUCGCGGCGACACCAGUUGCAGCAGCAUACCCAGGCGAUCUUACAUCAGCAAAAGGAAAAGCAGCAGCAGAGGAGUGUGAAGACGCAGACGGGGGAGGCGAGGACGGAGCCGAGGACGGAGCGGGGUGGUGGUGUGGCCGCGACGAGCAGCGCCAGUAGGAGGAGGGACAGGGCGGAUCCGGCGGGAGGACCGGCGGGGACUAGGCUGUUUAUGGAGAUGCCGUUUGUGGUUGGGAAGUCCGCGACAAAAUCCUACUCAGUAACCGCCAACCUCCAACAAGUCCUCUCCCUCCUCAAAGCGCACAACCCCUCCCUCUGCUCCGUCUGCUCCUCGCGCCGCACGCAUGGUCUCGUGCACUCGCACCCACCGCACACACGGCGCCCACCGCGGGACCCGAAACACGACGGCCCGCUCGAGCGGCACCAGCACGCCGCGCUGGCGCAUAGCGGGUUCUUUGGCGCGCGGCUUGGGGACGGGUUGGCGCGGGGGCCAGCCUCGACACGAAGUAGACGCACGGGGGGUGAAAAGACGAAACGCACGACGGAUGAAGAUGGAGAUGGGGACGAGUUUGAUGACCAUGCGUCAUUCCAUGGGGACGUGCUGGACACGGCUGCGGCGGUGGCGUUGGCGGCUGCGACUGUUGGCGCGGCGAGGACGAGGUCGUUGACGAGGAAGGGUGGGGAUCGGGAGAGGGAGAGGGAGAGGGGUGAGAGGAGGGGCGGGAAGGCGGCGGAACAGGGUCAGGGUCAGGAUUCGCGGCGAGGCACGCGUGGGGACGUGGACCGUGGUCGCCGCACGCACGAGCGGGAUGAUGGCAUGACGACGCUGGAGCGGGUGCUGGCGGUGCUGGAAGACGAGUUCCAGGAUCUGAAACGCCACUACCACACCCUCGUCCGCCACUACGAAUCCGUCGCCUCCCGCACCACCUCCUCUCCCACCGACCCCAUCGAUGCGUACACCCUGCAUCACGCCUCGACCUCCUCGCACACCACCGCAACAACUACCACCACAGCCCUCCGCAGCCUCGGCGACGACCUGCGCCACGUCAUCCGCGCCAUGGACACCAAAGGCGACCAGAUUGCGAUACUGAGGGAGAUCCUGAGGGGGUUUGGCAGGGUUGUUGGGAAUGCGGGUGGGAAGGGGACGGGGAACGGAAAGGGGAAGGUGGAUCAUGAGAGGGCUGCGGGGCGUGUCUAAUGUGAGGGGAACUGGGAGAGGAAGUAGGCCGCCCGUGUUCACGAGACGCGAUUGAGCCCGGAUUAUACUGUAUAUCGUCCGGAAUGGGGAGUUUACGGGGACCGGGGGGCUUCUGAAAAGGGCUUGUAAGCUCUAUGUCACCUGUUUGUCUGCAUGUGCAAUGUUGCAUGAGAUUGUACAUAUAAAUACAGACAACGUCGCCAACCUCCUGUAUGGCCCCUGAAACCUGACUUCCGGAGGGAGUGCGGUGGGGGCACCAAGUCCUUCCUAAUCUACUUACUGUAAGCUACAUAAACGCUGGCUGUGUGAUAUUAAAGAGCUGGCGUCGGGGUUCUAUAUAUGUGUGCAACAUAUCGAGUCAUAUU